AUCAACCCACUAAAUUCGACUUGGUACGGAAAGCGCGUUGGGACAUUUUCCGCUGCCUCGGGUAGCUAACAACUAGUCACUGACAUCGUCGCUGUCAUGGCAGCACACUUGAAAAAGCGGGUUUACGAGGAAUUCUCCAAAGUUGUACAGAUCCCACAGGAAGAAGCUCCGGCCAAGAAGCUCCGCUUAUGCAAACCCAGCAAGUCUGCAGCGCUCCACGUUGACCUGUGCAAGGCCACCAACUCCACGGAUGCUCUGCAGUACCUUCUACAGUUUGCUCGCAAACCCGUGGAGGCCGAGAGCGUGGAGGGUGUCAUUAGGAUCCUGUUGGAGCACUACUACAAGGAAAGUGAUAACUCAGUGAGGUUGAAGAUUGCUUCUCUGCUGGGUCUGCUCUCCAGAACAGUGGGCUUCAGUCCUGACUGCAUCGUGGAGGACGCCAUCAACACCGUCUCCAAUGAGAAGUCUCAUCAGGUCCUGGCUCAGCUGCUGGACACUCUGCUCAUUAUCGGCGUUCAGCUGCCAGAAAGCCCGGCUGUGGCUCACCGCCUCGUAGACGUGGCCUGCAAGCACCUAUCCGAUACUUAUUUUGGAGUGAGGAACAAAUGUCUGCAGCUGCUGGGCUGUCUGGGCAUGAUGGAUAGCCCCCUGAGCAAAGAUGCAGAGGGACUUGGCACAUCCACAGGAGCGGUGAGGGACGUUCAGACUAUCAUCAGUGACCAUUUUGGAGAUCAGGACCCCAGAGUGCGCACAGCAGCUCUCAAAGCCAUGCUGCAACUACAUGAGAGAGGAAUGAAGAUCCAGCAGAUCAUUUAUGACCAGGCAUGCAGGUUGCUGGCAGAUGACUACGAGCAGGUUCGCUCUGCAGCAGUUCAGAUUGUUUGGGUGCUGAGUGUGUUGUACCCCGAGAGCAUCGUGCCCAUCCCGUCGUCCAACGAGGAGAUCCGCCUGGUCGACGAUGCCUUCGGGAAGAUCAGUCACAUGGUCAGUGACGGCUCCUGGAUGGUGCGGGUGCAGGCUGCCAAAACGCUGGGUUCCAUGUUGCAGGUCAGUCCUCACUUCCUGGAGCAGACGCUGGAUAAGAAGCUGAUGUCAGACCUCAGGAGAAAGCGGACGGCACACGAGCGCGCGAAGGAGCUCUUCGCUUCGGGAGAGUUCUCCUCGGGAAGGAAGUGGGCUGACGACGCCCCCAAGGAGAAGCUGGACACCAACACCGUCAACCUCAUCGCCUCAGGAGCCUGCGGCGCCUUCGUUCACGGCCUGGAAGAUGAAAUGUUUGAGGUCCGCAUCGCGGCGGUGGAGGCAUUGUGCCAGCUGGCUCGCUCGUCCCCCACCUUCGCUGAGAAGUGUCUGGACUUCCUGGUGGACAUGUUCAACGAUGAGAUAGAGGAAGUGAGGCUGCAGUCCAUCCAUGUACUGAGAGAGAUCUCCACGCACAUCACCCUGAGAGAGGACCAGCUGGACACCGUGCUGGCGGUGCUGGAGGACUCAUCCCGUGACAUCAGAGAAGCUCUCCAUGAGUUACUUUGCUACACCAACGUGUCCACCAAGGAGUGCAUCCAGCUGGCUCUGCUGGAGUUGCUGAAAAACCUCAACAAGUAUCCAUCGGACCGCAACUCUGUCUGGAAGUGUCUCAAGUUUUUGGGUUCCCGCCACCCGAUGCUGGUGUUGCCGCUAGUCCCCGAAUUACUCAGCACACACCCGUACUUUGACACACCAGAACCCGACAUGGACGACCCGGCCUACAUUGCCGUUCUGGUGUUGGUGUUCAACGCGGCCAAGUCCUGUCCCACCAUGCCGGCGCUCUUCUCUGACCACACCUUCAGACACUACGCCUACCUGAGGGACAGUCUGUCCCACCUGGUCCCGCCUCUCCGACUGCCUGGCAGGAAGCAGGUUCAUGGUUUGGAGUCUGUGGAUUCUGGAUCUGAAUCGGGUUCUGUGGAGUCAGCUCAGCUUUUCCUGCAGCAGAGUCUGGACCGGAUCAGCACCAUCCAGAAUCUGGACGCACCUGGAGCUCAGGACCUGCUCAUUUUCACAAUACGUGACCUGCAGAGACUGGGCCAGCUACAGACAGAACUUGCUGGAGCUGCUGACUUCUGCGCUACGUACCUGCGCUGCCAGCUUCUACUCAUCAAGGCUCUGCAGGAGAAGUUGUGGAAUAUGGCUGUUCCGCUGUGCCUCAAACAGAAUGUCACAGCCUUGGCGGCCGCUCAGCAGGUUGUGGAGGAGAGUUACAAGCUAGAGUUCAUGUACAGCGGCUUGGAGAGCAGACAGGUGGCCAUCGCGCACGACGUACGCCUGCAGGCCAAAGCGCUGCAGCUCAUCCUGAGCGCUCGCACCGCACACGGGCAGGAGCCUCUCAUCAGCAGCUGUGAAAAGUUUCUGCAGGAGCUGGAGUCGUUUAACAGGCUGUUCCUGGCAGAGCUGCCCCACCUCCAUGACAGCUUUGUGGACAAACUUUUGGAAAUCAUGCCUCGCCUGUCAUCCUGCAAGCCUGCGGAGCUGGUCAAGAUUCUGCAGACGACCCUGAGGCAAAGUGCUCUGCUGCAGCUCACACUGCCUCCGCAGAUCCAUCGAGCCACAGCCAACAUCAUCGAGCCCACAGGGGAGUCAGACAACCCGCUGAGGUUCACAUCGGGCCUGGUGGUGGCGCUAGACAUUGACGCUACCUUGGAGCAUGUCCGCAACCCCCAGAACUCGGUCAAGGUGGAGGUUCUGUACCCAGACGGCCAGAGUCACGUGAUCCAUCCCAAACCCGGGGACUUCCGAAAACCUGGGCCUGCCAGACACAGACUCAUCACACAGGUCUACCUGUCUCACAGCGCAUGGACAGAGCCGUCUCAGGUGGAGGUACGCCUCCUGCUGGCCUACAGCUCCUCCUCCUCCCCUUCAGAGUCCAAGUUGGCAUGGUACGACAGCCUUGACAGCCUCCCGCCACCAGAGGCCGCCGUAGAAGGGACCAUUGCCUUCAGCAAACCUGUCAAAGUUUUCAUCAUGCCAAAACCCGCUAGACGCUAAGAGUGUUGUGUAUUUCAUUCACCAGCUUUUUAAAAUGCUCUUCAACCUACAAGGAAAAAUAAAAUAGUUUGGCUGCGUAAUUCCACAAAUAUUUUU